AUGCCUGUACGCAGGGCUUCACCAGACGGUAGUGCCACUGGUUUCGAAGGGGCAUUUGAAGGCAGGAGCAUCUUUCGAAGGGUUGCGGAUACCAAGAAUCGCUCCAAGUUUCUCCCCUUCUUCUUUGAAGUCUGCAUUGUCGGUUCAGCCUUUUCCAUGGCUCAGGGCCUUAUCACGUCUGCAAUCCUCCCCGUCGUAACGUCGAAAAUGAAGCUAAAACUUCUCAGUUUGCGAGGAGCACGAGUCGGAAUGGAACGCGUAGGGCACACGGCCACCACAAUAGCGACAUCACUUCUCAAAAGCACACAAGUUACUGAUCCUGUCAGAGUCAGAGAUCUGAUAAUCAAUCGGAUCGAAUAUGAAGCACGGCAAAAGAUACUACAACGCCGUGUUUUCAAAUGCCUCGCGUUACUAACGGCAUACCCCGUUUGUAUAUUGCACGAGGGAAUAGACAAUAAACGUUACGCAGAUGUUGACAGCCGCUGCGAAGAAGCCGCACUUCGACUCACGAGGAUGCACCCUAUCACGCAGUAUGAUGGUCUGCCACAGCCUUCCUCACAACCGCGCCUGGUAUCCCAAUUUCCCCUGGAAAAUAAUAUGAACAGCGAGAAAACCCAUUUCUUUGAGACAUUCUCAUUGGAAAUGGAAAUGGAGUUCCGUACUUCGAACUCAAAGAACAAACCUCCGUCUUUGACUGCUCAACGGGCCAUUACUAAAAUUCGCAUGAUUCUCGAAAACUUGAUUGACGAAGAUCAAUUGGAUGCUUUUAGAUCCCCUAUCGUUCGUGAGAACAUCGAUGUCAUGGCCAUAUCGGGCCGCGAGUGCCUGGUCUAUUCUUACAAGGAUGCAGUGCCUAUUGCUUUCUUGCGGGUCUUCAAAGGCAUUGCAAGCGUGAUGUUAUUUGCAGUUCCUUUGUUCAUUAACAUUGAAUGGAAGGGCAUGGUACUAUCGAGGAGGCUUUGCUUGUGUCUUCUGAUCGGGUGUGUCGGCGCUGCUGGGCUGACCAUACUCAGCGAGGUUGACUGUAUGUGGAAGGCUUUUGAUAAAGGGAUGAAUUCGUACGCAUGGUCGCUGGGUAUCGCUCGAGAGAUUGACAAACUAUUGGAGGAGCCAGAAGACAGUAUACUACAUCAUCGGUACGGUGGUGAGCUAAACACAAGUAUAAGAAAGCACAGAUAUAAUAUUGGGUAUGACGAAGUUUGCCCAUUUGGUCAAAUGGACUCGCCUCUUCCAGAGAUCAGCUCUAUGGACUAG